UUUUGUUAUCACCAUUGCAGGAAACUCCCAGGCAAGAAGGAAUGCCAACUUUGGAAGAGAUGCGAAUACUUGAGAAGGAGUUGGCAGAUGACAUACGGUCACACACAGUCGAAUUUCUGAGGGACCAGCAAGAUGUAUUACAAAACCUCCCAAAUGUUACUAAAGAAAUACUGCUUGAAAGACACCUCUCUGCAAAUUAUACAUCCUUUGGCCAAAGGUUGGAUGAUGUGGAACAAUCCAGUGUAUAUGCUGGAACUCUUGAGAUUAUAGGAAUCUCGAAAUUAUUACAAUGCCCUAUACAUUUAUAUCAGCUGAAACCACUUGGCACAUGCGCGCAAGUAGCAAUUCAUCCUGAUUGUUACACAUCUGAGCCACUACUUAUUUUGAGUAAACCUGAUGUAAGAGGCAGUGCUGGUCACUAUGAUGCCUUGAUAAAAAACCACCAUCAAAGAGGAGUGAACUUCAGAUCUAGCAAUGCUGGUUUUGUGAUUCAGAAAUGGAAGGAAAUCAAUGAAAUUGAGCAUCCAAACAUUCCAUUUGAAAAUCACUUCAACAUAAUAAAUGUUCAAAAACGUGGAAAAGAAACCCUAAGGUUAUACGAUCACGCGACACAUUUUGAACAAACACAUCGGACUGAGACAAUAAAUGCAAGAACGAAAGCAAAAAGAAAACCUAGCAUUAACAAGACUGUACAAAAACCAAGGCAAGAAUUUGUUACAUUGCAUCCUGCAACAAAACCAAUCUUUGACAAACAAAAACUUACAUUGGAAAAGUUUUUUUGUCAUGGUGAAGAAAUAGUUGAACUUACGGCAUUCAGGGAAACUGUAUUUCAGUAUAUGUACAUGAAGAAAGAAGUAAUAUACUGCGUUAACAAUGAGCAUCACUCCCUACUGCCAAACCUAAAAUGCACAUUGGCAAGAAAAGGCAUUGGAAACUGUGAAAAGUCUUCAUUUUUAUAUCUUGACGUGCUCAAUGAAAAGGCAGAUUCGAAACCUACAAUUAGACGUGUUUUGAUGAAGAUAUAUGCUGACUUCAAGAUAUGCAACAAGUUGAAUCACAUCACUGUGGUUGGGGAUGCCAAGACAUAUGAUUAUGUUGUGAAGCUGAAGGAAGAGUAUGGUGAACUCCUUGAUUGGGUAAUCCCCUUCCUUGGGGACUGGCAUGCACUAAAGAACUAUCAGCCGGUAAUCAUGAAGAUCUAUUGGGAUGCAGGACUAAAAGAAAUUGCAGAGACAACUCACAGAGGCGCCACAUUGACAUCACUAGCUGGAACAAGCUCUUUCAGAAGAACUCAUCAUUUUCUGAUGCAAGUGUGGGAGGCAUUGUAUAUAUAUCAAAUUCAGUUGUAUGAAAAACAAGAUAGAGAUGUUAGUUCAAUCAAUGAACGUGUUUGCACAAUCUUUGAAGACUUUGCUCACACAAGAAGUGGUGACUACACACCACGUGUAGAGAGUGUUUUGAAAGAAGUUGAAUCACUCGGUGAAGAGUUCAAUGUAUACUGCCAUGAACUAUCUUCUGUCAGUGAACAAUUUCGGUUUUGGGAUGAUUUCCUAAAAAAAGACAUGAUGUACUAUGCCAGCCUAUACAUCGGCAUGCGAUCCAGAAAUUGGAAUCUUCGUAAUGCGUCCCUAAAGUCAAUGGUGAUUAAUUUCACUGCAUUUGAUCGCCAUAUGUAUGCUAGACUAGUGCCAAAGCAUUUGGCAGACUUAUCUUCCCUACCAGAUGAUGUUGUUCAGCAUUAUAAAGAAGGCUCGUUCGCAGUAAAUAUGAAGGGACGAAAGAUGGCUAAUUUAGGUUUAGACGAGGCCCACGAAAUGACCAUAAACAAGGACGUAAAGGCUGUGCUCCAUAGAGUAAAUCCAAAGACUAUAGAAACAAUUGCUGACUACUUGGCAACAAGUGCUAAAAUUGUUAAAAAUGUCAAAGAAAUAGUUGGUUUAGAAGAGGAUGAUUCGGAAGACUACCAAAGAGAUGAUACCCUUUCAGUAAUGGAAAGGGAAACAAAGAACAUCAAAACAUACUUGGUGAAAGUUGGUGAAGGAGAUUUCUUCGAAAAAGAGGAUCUUGCACACCCUUUCACAAAAGAGAAAGCUGAUCAGAUCCAGAAGCAAGGUCUUUUACACCAUGAAAGAGUUGGACAGGAGGCUUUCAAAUUACUUGUUACUAGUAAGUUUCUUGAGGCUUCAAGCACAAAAGUCAUUAUGAAGAAACAAAAAUUGAAGACCUUCAGUAAAGGACGAGUAAGUAAGUCCAAGAUGAAGCAAUCUGAAAAGGACAAACAAUUAGUCGUGACCUGUUAUAAACGAACGAUGGCGCUGUCACAACAACAAAACAAGCCAGUGAAAGAGCUUAUGCAAUAUCUUGAGACACCACGUGCCAUUUGCACCCCAGAUGGUUUACCAUUCAAAGGAACAAAGAGUACAAUAAAUGGAAUCUAUCAAAAAAGAUAUGGAAGUGAAGCAAAUACAAAUGCUCCCAUUAUAAUUGACAUGUUACCAAUAACAGAUGACCCAAGUACAAUAAUCCUAGAAGGAAUGAACCUGAUUUAUACAUCUCCCUUGCCUUUACAUAAAACCUUCAAAGAUUAUGGCGCUUUCUUCCUAGCACGCAUUGUAACCUACUUCAAACGUCGAAAGUUUACAUUUGUGCAUCUCCUUUUUGACCAAUAUAAAACACAAGGUGAAUCGCCAAAAGAAAUUGAGAGAGAAAGGAGAACAGGUGACGCAGCUGUUGGAGAGCUACUGGAAGUGAAUGACAAUACACUUAUACCAGCAGUUAAAUGGACUGACCUGAUCAGACCAGACUCAAAUAGAAGAGCUAUACUGGAUUAUCUCUCGAGAUACUUGAUGGAAAAUGCACAAUCUUCCCUUAUUGGAGAACAAGCACUUAUUAUAGGAGGAGGAUUUUCUGGUGAAUUGACCAAACAAACCGUCUGCAUCACACUAAAUAGUAUCAACAUUGAAUACUUGGAGACAAAUCAAGAGGAGGCAGAUAUCACAGUUUGGUUGCAUGCAGAGAAGGCACUGACUGAGAAUGUAGUUAUCAUGUCUAAGGAUUCUGACAUCAGUCAAGUUGGUUUGCCAUUAGAUAUUGAGAAAAAAAUUUGGAUUCUCUUUAAAAGCAAGGAAACAGAAACAAAAUACAUCGACAUGAGUGCCUUAAAAAGUGCAAUAGCCAAAGAUCCAUGUCUAUUGCCACUGAGGGAAGCAGGGAUAGAUUAUUAUAAAGUGCUGCAAAUAAUAUACAUCGUGUCUGGUUGUGAUUAUUUGUCAUACUUUGUAGGUCAAGGUAAGGGGAGUUUUUUUAAACUCUUCUUUGCAAAUGUGAAAUUCAUAACUCUUGGAACAUCAGAUGAAUGUGGAAACAUCUGCCAGACGAGUGAAAGUGACAGGCAUAAAGGAUUACUUUCUAUGUACAGACUCAUUGGAUGUGUGUAUUUUGCAGCUAAUAGAGCUGCAUUAUACCAAUUUGACUCACCACAAGACUUGUUUAUAAGAUCAGCCAAUAAAAAAAUCAACAUUAGGCAACAACAUUCCAGGUUCCUUUCUGAGAUUAGAAAAGCCUCAUGGAAAGGAACAUUUGAGGAUGAAUUGCUACCCUCAGAUUUUGCUCUCGAGCAACAUUGGCGAAGGGCUUGCUGGGUUGUUGAAGUUUGGAAGAAAGCGCUUGUACCAAAUUUCCAAUAUCCAUCGAUUUUGAGUCACGGAUACACAAAGGACAAUAAUGACACAAUUUCAUGUGUUUGGGAUUCCGAAGAGAAUGUCGAAAAAGUCAGGAGAAAUGUUCUCUUCCUUACUCGAGGCUGUGCCUGCAAAAGUGGCUGCAAGACAAGGAGAUGCAAAUGUAACAGCUUCAAUAAAGAAUGUGGACCUGGAUGUAAGUGCAAAGAUUGUAAAAAUCCUAAAGGAUCUUGUACUUUACAAGUCGAUUUCCAGUCUGAUUCAUCAUCGUCUGAAGAUGAAACGAUACAUUCUGAUUCGGAAAAUGAUGACCUCCCAACAGAAUUAUGAAUACAUUGACUAUAGCAAAUAGAAUGUAGAUGAAAAAAGCUUUGAGACCAACAUUGCAUAUAUUUACAUCAUUACAUAUAACAGUCCAAGGAUGCAAACCCUGAUACCUGGGCUAUUUACAAACAUUUCCAUAUAUUUAAGAGUAAGUUAUUUUAAGAGGAGUUUAGGUACAGUUGAAGUCAUCCUCAAAUUGCAUAAUAAUCUGUAAAUAACACAAGUAUAUACAUGUAGUGAUUUUAGACAUAGAAAAAACAUGUACAUUUUUUAAAUCAUUGCUCAUUGCAUAGAACUUUAGAACAGUCCAAGGAUGCAAACCUUGGUAUCUGGAAGAUGUAAGUGCACUUCAGGCCAUCCACAAUUGCCACAUAGGCUGUGAAUAGAUUAAUACAUACAUAAGGUAAUUUUAGAUCAAGAGAAAACAUGCAUAUUUAAAAUAAUUACAUAGAACAGUCCAAUGAACCAAACUGUAUACCUGGACCAUUCACAUGUAAGAGCAGAGUGUAUUUACGAGGAAUGUAGCUACACUUGAGGACACCCACAUAUUACAAUUACAAGUUGAUACUAAACUGUAAAUGUUUAAGAGUCAUUUUAAUUAUACUUUAGGCCAUCCACAAAUUUGAUAAUAAGCUGUAAAUAAUAUUAAUAUAUAGAUAAAGUGAUUUUAGACAUAAAAAACAAUGCUUAUUCUUAUAUCAUUACAUGGGACAUUGUGGAAUAGUGCAAAGCAUGAUAGCUAGAAAAUUCAUAUACACCUAAUACAAUUACAUAUGUUAAAGAGUAGAGGUUAUUUAAGAGUAGAGUAGGUACUCUUCAGAUGAUCCAGAAAUUGCAUCAUAAGCUGCAUAUUAGAUUACUAUACACAUAUUUAGGUGAUUUAAGACAAAAAACAGAGAUAAAAGAAAUCCAUAUGUUUAUACCAUUGCAUUGGACACUGUGGAAUAUUCCUUGAAUGCAAACUGAGACCUGGAGUAUCCAUAUUCACAAUUGCAUAUAUUUAUGAGUAUAGGUUACUUGAGAGUGGUGUAAAUACACUCUAGGCCAUCCUAAAAUUGGAUAAUAAGCUGUAGAUAAGAUUGGUAUAUACAUAAAGUGAUUUUAAACAAUGCUUAUUUUUAUAUCAUAACAUGGGACAAUGUAGAAUAGUCAAAGGAUGCAGUAAUUCCUGGACUAUUAAUAUUCACAUACAAUUCCAUACAUUUAUAUUUAAGAGUAGAGGUUACUUAAAGAGUAGUAUAAGUAUACUUCAGGCCACCAAAAAGUUGGAUCAUAGGCUGUAAAUAAGAUUACUUUACAUAUUUAAGUGAUUUCAGACAAAGAGAAAACAAUCCAUAUGUUUGUGUCAUUGAAUGGGACAAUGUGGAAUAGUCAUGGAUGCAAACUGAUACCUGGACUACAUGUAUUCAUAUUCACAUACAAUUCCAUACAUUUAUGAGAAGAAGUUACUUAAGAGUAGUGUAAAUACACUCUAUGCCACCCAAAGAUUGGAUAAUAAGCUGAAGAUAACAUUUAUAUGUACAUAAAGUGAUUUUACACAGAAAAGGCAUAUUUUUAUAUCAUUGCAUGGGGAACAGGCCAAAUAUGCAAACCCUAACACCUGGAAUAUUCACAUAAUUUAUCACUAUUUGAUACUCUGGACUUCCAAAAAAAUAUAUUUUGGUCAAUAAUAUACUCUAGAUGUGCAGCUUACUCAAAUAAAUGUAACAUGAUUGAACUAUCUGUAAUAUUUAAAGGGUAAAUAUGCUUGUAUAUACAGAUAUAUACAUUUUAUAGUGUAAGGUUAGAGUGCACAAUUUAAAAAUCCAACAUGUUUUAACAAAAUGUGCUGGUAUCCAAAGGUGAUUACAUUAUUCUGAGUACUCUACUGUAACAUGAUUUUUGUGCAAUUUGAUCAUUUGUAUUUAUUCGAUACUAGUAUACUAGUAGUAUCAUUUUCUAGUGUGUGAAGAUUUAAAUUAAUACAUAAGGAUCAUGAUAUAUAGAGUAGGCCCAAGUUCAAGCAAUACCAGUAGUAGUUCACCAUAUCUUAUACCUUUUGGUAGAGAAAAAUGACAAUGGUAACAAUUUCAAAUGCUUUAAAAUGUAUAUGCCACAACAAAAUAUACUAGUCUCCAUCCACUUUUUAUUAUGUAUUUUGUAGUGUACUAAAAAUGUUUUGUUUUUUAUUUAUUAUUGUAUGACAUUUCUAAUGUAGGUUUUAUAUUCAUCACAGAAUGGUAACAAUACCUAUAUCCAAGCAAUAUUAGUUUUCCAUACAGUUAUAUGAAAUCAAGUUUGACAAAGUGCACAAUUUCAAAUAUUUCAUUUGAACAAAAUAUGCUGGUCUCUAUUUAGUAGUAAAUUGUGUUUGUUAUUCAUUCAGCUUAUUUAUUGUGUUUAUUGUGUAAAAUUUUAUUUUGAAAGUUAAAAUUAAAAACAUAUGAGGAUAAUGAUAUGCAUAUCAAAGCAAUAGAAUUCUUUCAGUGUGCCACUUAAUAGCUUAACUUGUAAAAAGAAAGGACAUAUUGCACAUUAUCCUACACUUAGUGUAAUAAAUGUAAAAUAACAUUAAAAAUGAAUUUGACAUCUAUUGACAAAAAUAAUAACUGGGAGAUAUCGCCAAUAUAUACUCCAGAAAACAGAGCUGCAGAGGAUAUUGUGAAGAUAUACUCCAGAAAAACAAUAUGCGGAAGAUAUUGUGACUAUUUAAAUUGAACUAUUUGACCUGAAAUUUGUUUUUCAAUGAUAUUAUACAUUUAGCACCCUACUAGUAAGAGUGUAGGAUAAUAGGAACAUCCUAUGACUUAUUCAGAAUAUCAUAUUAUCUACUCUUUGAUAUUGUUAUAUACACUAGGGACAGUAUUAUUUAUUUUGAAUAUAUUUAUUCAUAUGUAUAGAUAUUAGUAUGUAGUGCACAUAUGUGGAGAUCUGGAUGUUGCUCAGGAACAAGGCACUUUAAGCCUGAUACAGAAACAGUAUUAGUUUUUUGUUCAAAUAUUAGUAUAAAAAUAUGUAGUUGUGUAUGCUGUCCAUUUUAUAUAGUUAACAAUAGAUUAGAAAUAAUGUUUUUAUUACCA